ACCUUUCUCGCCCAAUUGCCUUUCCCAGUUCUCUCUCUCUCUCUCUCUCUCUCUCUCUCGUUCCAAACUAUCUACAUGCACGCGAGGACAAUGAGGAGUUAGGGUUUCUAUGUUUUGUUUCCAGAUUCGCUUCAAGUUUGUGGAUUUUUUAAAUCCAUUUCUUGAGGCUGAAUUUUCUGAUUUGAGGAAUUACUGUUGUUAUCUGUUGUUUUAGAUCUGAACCCAUGACCAAAAUGUGUCCGAAUUGGGAAAGUGAACAAGAUGGGCAUUGUGGGUACGCGUAGAAGAUUUGUGUUUGAGCUUUUAUUUGAAAAAUUGGGUUACCUUUGCUGCUUGUAAAGAUUCGGGUUUUGAAUUCUAGUACUUUUGGGUGGUGACACAGUGCGAUACUUCGGUGAUUUGGUGGUUUUGUGAAGCAAUUGGUGGUUUUGUGAAGAGGGUAAAGUCAUGUUCUAUGGUGCAGUGGCAUGGGAUCCUUGGCUCAUUGUUGCCCAGAUUGUUUGCCUCCAAUGCUUAUACUACCUUACACUUGGACUAUUCAUGUCAAUUCUCAUUGGGUUUCGUGUAUCUCGAAUGAGCCUGGUGUAUUUCUUUGACUAUGCGACUGUCACUGCUUCUACGGUAACGGGCUGGUGUGUCAUUGCUUCGUUUCUACUCAGCUCUCUCGCAGGAGCUGGUUAUCUGUUUUAUUUGAUAGAGAGGGCAAAGAAGUGCCUAGAUUUCUCAGCCACCAUCUAUAUCAUCCACUUAUUCUUAUGCAUCAUUUAUGGAGGUUGGCCCUCCUCAAUAACCUGGUGGGUUGUGAAUGGUACUGGAAUUGCGGUGAUGGCUUUCCUAAGUGAAUAUUUGUGCAUAAGACGUGAGCUGCAAGAUAUUCCCAUUACACGAUAUCGAUCAAAUUGAUGCAAAUUUCUAUUGUGGUUUGGAAUUUGAAGUAUCUCCAGAGUGCAUCACCAGGUGCUGUGCUGCUGUUGGUUGUAAUUUGAUAACUAAUUGUUGUUGCACGAUGAAGUAUAAAUAUAGAGCUAUGACACACACUGCAUGUCAGUUGACCUGGCUGAUUAUUUUGCAUCUAAUCCAAUAUAUCGUGAGCAAACCAAACACAUUGAGGUUGACUAUUGUUUUAUCUGAGAGCUCCUGAAAAAAUGCUAUUCGUACGUUGUCAGUGAGAGAUCAGAGUAUCAACUAGCAGAUUUGUUUACUGAACCUUCAGGAAAUUCUAGAAUAAAUUUAUAUUUGUUACAAGCAGGGAACUUUUGCUAUAUAUCCUCCUGUUUGAGGGGACUGUUAAGUGAGUUAUGGGCAUAUCCUUCCUCUGUAUACUCUUGUUUAAUAGAAAAUAAAGAGGAGCUAGCCCUAGUGUGUUUCUGCUGGCUCUCUCUCUCUCUCUCUCUCUCUCUCUCUGCACUACCAUGUAGCAAAACAAGAGUGAAUUGCUAAUUUACGUUCAUUUGUGGAGGAGAAAAGAAAUUAAUGAGGACCUGCUGAAUGUUUU